UCGAACCUGACCGGUAGCCGAGCCGUGGCUCCCCUGCCUUCGAUCGGCAGUCGCUCGCACGAAGUCGCCACACCGAGGUGAGAAAGUUCGCGCGCGAAAUGUGAUCGUGUCGGUGCCCCCGCGUCCCGGAGGCCUCGUCCACAGCGAUGCAAGUCGGUACGUCGGUGAGGAUGGAUCCACCGGAGGAUAUUCCCUUCGAGAAGAGUUAGACGUCGAAAUUUUCCCCAGAAGAGAGUUACACCUGCCGAGCCGACCCGCGAAAGUCGGGUCUUCCAGUGUCGAAGAUGUCCCUAGUGACGAUCCUAGGGAUAGCCCUGGUGAUUUCGGUGACGAGGGCAGCCCUGAGUCCUGAUGGUAUCAAAUGUGGACAACAGAGGUGUUCCACCACCGAAUAUUGCAGCCCUUUCGACCAACAGUGCAGACCUUGUUCCGUCGUCUGUGAUCCAUCCAAUCACAACCAGCAGAUGGAUCUUUGUGUGAAGGACUGCCAAGAAUACUUGCACGACCAACGCUACGUUCUGCGCCAGGACUUUGAGCAAAGUAAGGACCUGAAAGCCGAGUUGGACAAGUUGAAGACGCAGUUGAAGAUCUCCUUGACUCUGACCUGCCUCGCUUUGGUCGCCAUUUUGUAUCUGUUGACGAGGAAGUUCACCAGGACGAAGCUGAGGAAAUUCUUGCAGAAGGACUGCUUCCGGAAAAAGUGGAUCAAGAAGGCGACUAAUAAAAACAAGGUGCAAAACGACGCGGAAGUUGGCGUCCCUCCAAAACAAAAUGGCCUGAAGUUGACCAUGCCUACGAUUAGUGGCAGCAUUGUUGGACCCCAAAGCACUAAUGGCGAUGCGACACCAAACACCACCAGUACACCAUUGUCAGGACGACAUCCCAGCGAGGACACCACUUUGGAUUAUGCCUAUGACAAUCCUGCGAUGACACCGAGUCCGGAAACUGCCCAGACCAGGACGAAACGUGAAAGUUCCUUCUGAAGCAGGAAAGAGAAAAUGGCCGAAUUAUGUUCCCCCAUUGCGUGGAGAACAAUUUUCCCCCAAGACUAAUCUAAAGCAACCACCUUGAGUAGCUCAAAUUUUCUACACUGUUUUUACACAGGAUACAGAUUUUUACUCCUGAUAAUUGGGACACACUGAUUAAAUUUGCAGCGAGAGUCACGAUGAAUUUGUUCACCGAGGGAAUUUGGAUUUUAAAGCGAGGCAGACUUGUGUUUUGUUUAAAGCAUUGUACAAUUUUAUAUCAGGUUGUUCACAGUAAUUGUCUAAAUUUCCAUCGUCCAUUUGAUGAUCUUUUUGAAUAAGUGGACAAAUGAGGGAGAAGAUGAUGUUCAGUUCUGUGGUUUGUUAUACGAAUGCGUUAUCGAAUUUAUUCUUGUACAUAUACAACUGUUUAUUACUUGAUCAUGAACUUCCUGUUCAUUUUAACGAGGUUUCCGAGUACUUUUACUCGCACUUGCAUUUGACUGAGGACUUCAUCGUCGCCGACAUUAAGCAUUGGUCUUUGCAAAUUGUUAAACAUUUUGAGACAUUGAGUAUUAAUUGGAUACGAAACUUGUUCUUGUCUCCGUACAGACUUUACAUAUUGAUCUGGUAAGGUAUUUUGCAAUCCAUUAGGUGCCACAAGAUUUUUUAUAUUAUCAUACCUUUGUCGUCGUCCGACGUUAAACUAUUAGAACCACUUAAAUGUCUAAAUACAUGUGUAAGUAUUUUUUAGUGCUUUCGGUGCGUCCCACGCAUUCGUAAACCGUGCGGCUGUGUGACUUAAUUCUACCUUAUCGACUCCGACUCGAUUUAGAUAUCUAAGGAGUAUUCCCAUAAUUCGAUUAUAAGUUAAUCUUAAUACCUUAUCGCCAUUCCGUCCAUGAGAAGGCCUUUUUAGCGAAUGUUGCGCCCAAGAACCGCACAUCGCAUAGGGCAGUUCUGUUGCACGACUCUGGUUUUCAACAAUGCUUAACGACAUCGUCCCAAGGAUUUAUCAAGUACUUCAAGUACACUUACGAUAAGCUCAUAGCUCAAUGAAAAGAGACACUACGUGGUGAUAAAAGUCACUGAAAUGUCUGAAACUUUAACCCACCCGGGAACGGACAAUAUUAAUAUUCUAGCUUUAAUAUUAAUAACUCCAUUUAUUUCUUGAAAGGAUUCUUGAAAAACCUUCGCUCAAUCUCGAGGAACAAUUGAUCUCCCAUCGGGAAGUUCAAAAAGUUCACAACCUGGGAGUUGCUCAAUACCUUAAAAUUGUUAAAUCCUCCAGGACCUUGUAGAGAGUCGUGCAAUUUAAACUGGCCUUAGUCUAACAGUAAUUAAUUUCUUGUACAGUAUUUGCCGAAUUGCGCGGUAUUUAAAUAUAAAGUAGCGUAACGCACAUUCGUACUUGUAGAUUUGAACACGUUUAAGGUUUUCUAAUUGUACAAAAGAGUUUGUAAGAUAUUUUGUAUAGUCGGUUGUAAUUGUGUGCCUAUGUGAAAGCUUGGUCCUCCGUUGACCAUUGUCUUCCAGAAUUGAGGAUAUUACUAAUUUUGCCCCCGGCAGCUAAUAAGUUAAGGCUUGGCGAAAUUAAGACUUAGGUAAGGCCUACGUAUGUACAAUUAUGUCGGUUUAGAAUAUUACUCAAGUAUUCCUAAACAGUUCCAUCAACGAUAAAUUAUUUACACGAAAGACGUUUCUCGCGUCGAGCUCCAUUAAGAGGAAAACUCGGUUAAUUGGAGCUCCUGCUCUUGAUCGAUUUUCUCGUAAUUUAUCGGCUGCAAUAAUUUGGCUCCGAGUCCAACUCCAAGUAUAAUUACUUUAAGUCACGACAGUAGAAUUAGGUGGCAGUAAAUCGUCAGCUAAGCCGACUUAACGGCAGCAAUAGUAUCGUUGUAAGGUGCACCUUCGUCACUUGUAGUUUAAAAAAUGUUGCAUUGCUCUGCACCAGCUAAAUCGUCCUUCGUUGUAAAUCAUGAUUUAAUAGCUUAAGUUCAAAAUUGUAGAGAACAAAAAUUCGGGAGUGGAUGAAUUGUGCAUAUAACGAAACUAGGUGUAAUCACGAUAGGAAUCGUAAUGACGUCUAAGGAUAUAACGAAAUCAGAAGUAUGCAUAUCAAGCAAUAGUAGAUAACGUAGGGAUACAUUCCAUUAUUUUAUUUUUAAUACUUUUCGUGUGACAUGCAGCAAUACAUAGUAGAGUACAUAUCGUCGGCCUCCAGAGGAGGCGACGAUUGUUAGAAAAUGUAUACAUACCUAUAUUAAGGUCACCCUUAAUGUUCUGUAGAGUAUCCUUAUCGAAUUUUAUCUAGUGUUGCAGAUCGUCUUCGGGGAUCGAAAUUCUGCACUAUUGAUGCGUAGAUAGUAUAUCGUUCGGUUGACAUUCUGCUUUUCAUAUAUAAUAUCAAUAUCGGGGUUCAUUGUUGAAUGUUAAAAUCGCCUAAUUGUAGUAUAAAAAGCACGUUAAUCUGUCCGGUAGAUGCUUGCAAUUAAAAUUGCAAAAUUUGCAUCUUUUAGAUAAUCAUCAAUGCUUCGAGGUUGAAUGUUUAAAAUCUUAUUUCCGUUUUCUAUUUAAGCGAAAUUUCAGUCAGGGAGCCAAAAGCAACAGGCUCGGUAAUUACUUUCGGUUUGACCUGCGUGCAACUUGCUUGAAUUUAAAUUUAAAAUAAACCAAUUAGAGUUGCCUACUGAAUUACUUAAUGGUAUUGAACUUUGAAAUUCUGAAGUUAAACUGUUGAAAUUGCAGUACAAUUUGGAACUUGAUAAUAGCUCGCGAGAUUCCGUCCUCAAAAUUUGGAAUAUUCUCCAAAGUACAAAGUCAUUUCGGGGUUUCUUUUACACGAAAGCUGGCCAAUGUAUUUUUGAGAAUUGACUCUUUUAAAAUUGUAGAAAUAGCAUUAAAUAGUUUAUCAGUUAAUCACUUCUGCCCCUCAUCCGUUUCCUUUAAUGUAUUAUUUACACUAGCCAGGUUAUUACCAAGUCUUUACUACGUCUACGAGAUAUAAUACAAUAUUCAUAAUUUAUCGGUCCUUCGGAACUUUAAUUUAUUAAGUAUAUAGAGAUAGUCCCGUAUAAAGAAGAAAAUUGUAUAAAGUAACACGCGCAUCGUAAGACGAAUCUCUCCCUAACUUCAAUUAAUUUUACUUUACAGUAGUUUAAGUUGAACCACCACAUAACAUCACAAAAUACAACAUUUCGAGUCAAAGCAAUUAAACACUAUAAAUGGAAAUGAAAUUUUCGUUUCCGAUUCUUGUUACGUACCGACAAUGAGCUAUUGUUAAAUAGUGGAAUAAGACGACGGUUUUGCAGACGUGUACAGUAAUUCGAAAAUGUAUAUUUGGUAUGGUUGCGAUUAUCCGUUAAUGGUAUUUUACGUUUCUAAACAAUUUACACUCUCGAGCUCAAACCACUCCGUUAAAUUAUCAUUUUAUUCAGCAUUGAAUUAUCAUAAAUAAAGUCUUGUAACAACGGAA